GCUGCCUACACUGUAGCGGCGGGUUGCUACUUUCGGAUGAGCGGGCAGUAGGUCUUGAAGAGUUGUAGGAUGGAUCCAGACGGUGGGGCAGAAACACAAAAAGCUGUCAGUUUGCAGUGGAAGAGCUACAAACUCGUCCAGGACCCAACCAUCCGGCGGGUCACACAGAAAAUCUACAGAUAUGAUGGAGUGCAUUUCAGUGUGCCAGACUCUGGAUUUCCUCCCGUGGGUGAAUUGCGGGACCCGAGACCCCGGAGACUCUGGUCGAGGUAUACAGAACUGUCCCUUCCAGUGCCAAAGUUUAAGCUUGAUGAGUUCUAUGUGGGUCCCAUACCCCUCAAGGAGGUGACCUUUGCUAGACUCAAUGACAACAUCAAGGAGCCCUUCUUGGCAGAAAUGUGUGCCAAGUUUGGUGAGGUGGAAGAGAUGGAAAUUCUGUUUCAUCCCAAGACCAGGAAGCACUUGGGCUUGGCCAGGGUGUUGUUUACCAGCACCAGAGGAGCUAAGGACACAGUCAAGCAGCUGCACAAUACCUCUGUCAUGGGUAACAUCAUUCAUGCUCAACUGGAUAUAAAAGGCCAACAGAGGCAGAAGUAUUAUGACCUUAUCGUAAAUGGGUCCUACACUCCUCAGACGGUGCCCCUUGGAGGCAAGGCUUUGACAGACAGGGUCCAGCCUCAGGCCCCAGCUCAGCCACAGCCUGACACGUCAUCAGAAAUCAGGCGGAGGCUCUCCAGUGAGCUUGCAGUUUUGGCAGCGGGGGUCCAAGCCCUCACAUCGGGAAAUGUCACCCCUUGCUCUGCAGAUGCCGGUUACAGUGAUCAGCGUCUGGACACGCCCCCCUCUUCCAUGGCAGGCUCCUCUGCCUCAUCUCAGGGAGGUGGAGGAACACCUUACAGCUCCAGAUCUGGGACUCCUUUCUCACAAGACUCGGGCUACACCGGCGGCAGGCAUACUGGCUACAACACUGGCACUUUGGGCAGCGGAUACCCUCCCCAAGACAUGCUACCUUCCUCCUCCUCCUCUUCUGCAGUCUCAUCUACUGUUGGAGGAUACAAAGUGUCUCGCUACUCUGAGGAUGCACAGGAACCUUCAGUGUAUCAUCGAGGUCGCCCCAUGUACCCCCCAACGGCAUCAUACCGUCCCAACGAGCCACCGUGCUAUCCCCCUUACCCAAGUGUUGGAGGGCCUGGGCCACACAUGGUGCACCACUCCUCAAUGCCUCCGCCACCUCUUGCCACCCAAUAUGAUCAGCCCCCAAUGUCAGACAGGGACCGAGACCGUGACAGAGACUCAGGGGGGCGCUAUGGCGCAGGGGGCAUUGGCUCCAGAAGGUCAUCUUACCACCACCAGCAAGACACAAACUCUUCCUCAAAGUACCAUUCCCAUCACUCCCAUCACCACUCAGAUCGCAGGGACGACAGGGGGUACCGGCGAGACAGCCUGGGCUCCCGAUCAGGUGACCACAGCCAUCAGAGACACCGCAACCACCACCAUUCUCACAACCACCAUGGCAGCAGCAGCCGUAGACGGAGUAGCCAUGACCGGGACAGGGACCGAGAUAGAGAUCGAGACAGAGACCGCGAUAGAGACAGAGACAGGGACAGGGACAGAGACAGUGACUACUCCAACAGCUCUGACCCCAGAUACAAUUCCAACUCUUACCGCUCUUCCUCUAACAGCAUGUCUCCUCCCCCCUCAUCUUACUCCGCAUACUCCUCCUCCAAAGAGCCUGCCCCAGCCCCUCCUCAGGGAUUGGACGUUUCCACCCGUCUAGGGGGCACAACCUUGGCAGAGAGGGGCUCCCUGCCUUCAGUAGGUGCUGAGAAAGACUACCACGCUGGUCACCACAGUGCUCUGCCUCCACCUCCCCCACCACCACCUCCCCUUCCACCAGCCUCAGUCAUUGCAGCGGCUGUAGCUGAGACACUUGGAACACUGGACUUCAACCAAGAUAGUCCGGCCCGCGAAGAGCAGUGGACAAAACCCAAACGCCGUCCCAGCACCCCACCCGCACCGCCAAAGACGCCCCCGCCAUCCUCUCCGCCCCACCCCUCCAUUGCUUCUUCCUCAACCUCCCCUUCCUCUACCUCACUCCCACACCAUCUUCCCUCCUCCUCCAGCUCCCCACCGCCACCUCAACGUGACUCUUCCUCCCCAGAGCCAGACUCCACCAAUGAGAGUUUACCGUUUGUGUACCACAGCAGCAGCCUUGACUCUCGCAUUGAGAUGCUCCUAAAGGAACAAAAGGCUAAAUUUUCUUUCCUUGCCUCUGAUGAGGAAGAUGAGGAAGACAGGAAAGAGGAGAGGCAGAGGGGCAUACGUGGGGAUGGAGGGGAGCGAAGAGGUGGGUCAGGUGAUGUAACAGGGGAGCACAUAGGUGGUAAUCAGGUGGGGGACAAUGGGGAGAAGGACCACAGGAGAAAAGGGGAAAGAGACAGAGAUGGCCACAGAGCAAGGAAACGGGGAAAGGGGGGAGAAGGAAGAAAGAGUCCUACUGUACUUACAGCAACCACACCAUCCUCUUCCACCUACUCUUCCCACAUCCUGCCCCCGGAGGAACCCCAGCCCCAGGUUGGCCUCACUGGGACUGGAGCUUUGCAGGAGGAAUCCUCACAGGCUGGAUCUGCUGACACACGGAGCAGGACAGGAGCACACACACCACCUUACAAUGGACAGAGUCAGUCCUCUCCUCAUUCCUCUGGGGAAGACAUGGAGAUCUCCGACGAGGAGGAGGAGGAGGAGACCACCAUAACAACAGUGACCACCCGCCAGCCCUCAGCCACCUCAGGGUCCUCACCCUCUUCAUCCCAGGCUGCCAUGCCGUCACAAACAACGGACCCUUCAUCUUCACCCCCACCCAUCUCUGACUCUGCACAGCACUUUGGCACCUCCAUGCACCCUCCCAUACCUUCCUACCCUCCUCAUUUGCCUCCUCCACCUCCCCCAGGUUACUCCCUCCAGCCCCCACCUCCCCCUGGAAUCCCGCCCCUGGCCCAUAUGGAGCUGCAUCCCGAGUAUCCUCCCCCCAUGCCCCACCACAUGUAUGACUAUGCCACCUCCAUGGAGCUGAUGAACCAGUACAGUGGUGGAGCGCCUAUGUCCUUCCAAAUGCAGACCCACAUGCUAAGUCGCCUACACCAGCUGCGCAUGUCGUCAUCCAACGGCACCCCAGGCCCCGGUGAGGCAGCCACUGCAGACUACACCUCCUACCAUCUCCACUCUAUGCCACCACCCCACACACACCACCCCUACAUGGACCAAGAGGGGAGCGGGGCGGGCUCUCAUUACGACCAAGACCACCGCUACAUGCCCCCACACAUGUCCUACCCCUACCCUGACCCCCAUAGCACUCAAAUACCACCACCUCCACACCAUGGCAUCCCUCCUCCCCAUACUGGCUGGCCGCCACACGUCUUACCACCACACUACCCCUCUUACAUGCCCCCACCUGGCUAUGGCACCAUGCUGCCCGGGGAUGGAGACGAGUACAGGGCUCCAGGCGAGGAGAUGCCCAUGCUGGCUGAGAAUCCGCAUGAAGCCACAGUGCAGAUGGUCCUGGCCACUCUGAUCCAGGAAAUGAAAAACAUCAUGCAGAGAGACCUGAACCGUAAAAUGGUGGAGAAUGUUGCCUUUGCCACUUUUGAUGAGUGGUGGGAGAGGAAAGAGACCAAGGCUAAGCCUUUCCAGACAAUGGUGAGGGGGGUGUCUGCCUUACGGGACGAUGAGAAAAAAGAGGAAAAGGUCAACCGUCCUCGGGAGCCUCUCGUGUCUCUUGUGGAUUGGGCAAAGAGUGGUGGCGUGGAAGGAUUUGCUCUACGAGGAGCCCUCCGACUGCCUUCCUUCAAGGUAAAGAGGAAAGGACCUCAAGAGUUUGAAGAAGGAGACAUGAAAAGGCCACGACCCUCGACCCCACCAGAUGAGGAUGAUGAAGCUGCUGAGGGGAGAAUGCCAGAGGCAGACAGGCAUGGAGCAGAAAGGGACAACAAGAGGAGGAAAAAGAAGCCAAGAAGUCGUAAACCUUGGGAACUUGGCAGUGAGGGAGAGGAAACGUCUGACGGCUCCUCGACUGAAAAGGAGGAUGAGGAAGAAGAGGAAAGUGAAAAGGAGUCUGAUGAUGAUGCCCUUAGUGCUGAUAGUGAUGAUGAGAGCCUCUCCUCAUCCUCUGAGGGCUCUUCCUCUUCAGCAUCUUCAUCCUCAUCUUCCUCUGAAGAUGAGGAUGAAGAGGAAGGAGAGAGGGCCGAGAGUGAAGGGCUCGACAGCAUGGAUGAGUCAACCAUGGACAGCACAACUGAGAAAGAGGAUGACAGGGGAAAUAACACAGCUGCUGUUCCCAAGGCAGAGGUCAAAACAGGUGAAGCCAAGGACAGCAAGGCCGAUACAACAGCAGCACAUACAAAGAGACCCCCAUCACCCCCUUACCCACGUCCUUCGUCCCCCGUUGUUCUUGUGCCACCUCUCAAGAAACGCAGGAAGACGGUCUCGUUCUCCACGGGGGAGAACGACAGCAAGCCGCAGCUGCCGACUGCACCCCUAUCUCCAUCUCCCUCCCAAUUGGCGGGUGACUCUCUCCUUCUCUCCCCUGGCAGGCCUACAGACUCCCAUGUCCCUGCUGCCUCGACCCCCUCAGCGCGACCCACUCAGGGCAUCCAGCUGCUCCCCUUUGCCUCCAAACCAGGUGAAGGCAACGCCCUCAUCGUGCCCCCAUCCGGACGAACCCAAGAUUCUGAUGAACCCAAAAAGGGACCACCUGUUUCUCCUCAGACCAUCCCUGUCAAAUCCCCUGGAAAACGGGGUGCAGGCAAAGACUCCCCGAAAUCUCCCGCCCCUCCUGUUAUGGUGUGCCGCACUGUGCAGAACCUGCCACUGGACCACGCCUCUAUGUGCAGGAUGGCCUUCGAGGAGGCCCCUCCUCCACCUCCUGUCAACAAACGGUCCAGAGGUAGGCCACGGACGACUAGCUUGUCCACUUCUUCCUGUCACUCCCUCAGAGAGGAAGACGAUGAGGAAGAAAGUGAGCAGAGGUUGAGACUUAGAGAGCAGCUGGGGGCAUCAAGUCUCCUGCAGCUGGCUUCGGCUUCAACCACUGACCUGUCUGUGCUGGCUGACGUAGCCCUGAAAAUGGACCCUGACGCUGGGGACUCAGAGGAGACAGAGACAUCAGAUGAGGCAGAAGAGCAGAAGAUGGAGGAAGAUCUUUUCUCCCCAGAGUCACUGGCCCUGGUUAUUAGCCCAGAGGGUGUAAUUGUCCUGAUGGAGCACAACUACUGCAAACCCCCUGUUCUCCCAGUACCAGCUCCUGGUGCCAAAAGAACUUCCUCCAAACAAGACUCUUCUGUCUUGCUCCCAGCAGACCUCAACACUAUUUCUGGGGUGCUUGAAGCUCCAGAGGAGGUCAUUGGAGAGGCACUACCACCCAGAGGAGAUACAGGAGAAUACGUGUCUACAAUGGGAGUGCUUUGUGAGUCUGAGGAUGUGGGCCAGUCUUCAGCUCUACCUCCAUCGUCAAAGAAGGUCACGGUUGGCAAGGGUUUCGAACUUGAAAAGGACAAGAGCAAAAAGAGGAGAAGAAAAGACAAAGAAAACCUUGAGGUUCAUCACACGAAGAAACAGAAGGAGCAGCCAGGCAAGAAACAGAGGAAGCGGAAACUAGAGGACUCAGACUUUGAGGAAGAUGUGGACGUGGAGGAGCUUGAGUCUGGGGAGCUGUCAAGUUCAGACACGGAGGACGAGAUGGUUGAAGAGGUGAGGAAGAGUGAGCGCCUCUUUCUGCAGGAGGCAGGGGUAACAUCUUCCCAGCGCUGGCCAAAACCUAUCCCAGCACCCGAGCCAUCAGCCAUGAAGUUUGACAACCGCAGCGAGUUUGAGCAGAUGACCAUCCUGUAUGACAUCUGGAACUCCGGUCUGGAUGGGGAAGACUUGAUGUUGCUGAAGAAGACUUAUGAGAAGCUGCUGCAGGACGACCACAGCUCUGACUGGCUCAAUGAUACUCACUGGGUCAGCCACACUAUAACCAAUUUGCCGAACCCUCGGCGUAAGAAGAAGAAUGCAGGGGGCCAGCUUCGUGAGCAUGUGACCGGUUGUGCCAGGAGUGAGGGCUACUACGCCAUCAGCCGCAAGGAGAAGGACGUCUAUCUGGACCUGGACCUCCCUGAGCAGGUCAUACGGGAGGUGGAGAAUGUCGACAGCUCGGGAGCAAACCGGGUGUUGUCAGAGAGACGAUCAGAGCAGCGGCGUCUCCUCACCGUUAUUGGCACCACGGCGGUCAUGGAUUCUGACCUGCUCAAACUCAACCAGCUUAAGUUCCGCAAAAAGAAGCUUCGUUUUGGACGCAGCAGAAUCCACGAGUGGGGCCUGUUCGCCAUGGAGCCCAUUGCUGCUGAUGAGAUGGUCAUUGAGUAUGUGGGUCAAAACAUCAGACAGAUGGUGGCUGACAAUCGAGAGAAGCGCUACGCACAGCAGGGCAUCGGGAGCAGCUACUUGUUCAGAGUGGACCACGACACAAUUAUAGACGCCACCAAGUGUGGCAACCUGGCACGAUUCAUCAACCACUGCUGCACUCCAAACUGCUACGCCAAGGUUAUCACCAUAGAGUCCCAGAAAAAGAUUGUGAUCUACUCGAAGCAGGCCAUCGCCGUCAAUGAAGAGAUCACCUACGACUACAAAUUCCCCCUGGAGGAGAACAAGAUUCCUUGCCUGUGCGGAACAGAGAACUGCCGUGGGACACUGAACUAGCCGACAUGCUUCUCUUCCUCACUUGCCAACGGCCAGCCGGACCCAGACCACCCCCCUUGUUCACCCCUCUCAGAGUGUACCUCGAAAACAAAGCCACCUUCCAAUACCCCCUGCCUCUCCUCCGGAUGGCCUCACAGCCGUCCUCACAGGUCACAGGAAACAGACGCACACACUUGCACUUUUCAUGCACAUUUCUCAUUCUCAUGGCAGUUUCACAAGCCAGCGUGUGAGGGGUUUGUGUUACCUGGCACGAUAAAACCGCAAAGGGGGGGCUCUGUUUCGCCAUUCGUUCUUCUGUGGCAGUAUUGUUGGACUUGAUUUGAUCAUUCGUUCUAACCAAGGUGUUCCAAACAGCCAGGCAUGAAAGGUCUUUCUAUUUCCACGCCAAUAUCUGUUUGAAGGAAGGCAAUGAAAACUUAAAAAAACGGAAAAAAAAUGAAAAAACUGGUAUUUUAUGUCUACGUCAGCUCAUAUAAUCUACAGCCUGGAUCACUCUUCCAGUGUCAAAUCCCUCCUUGCACCCAUCCACACAGAUCCGCACAUAGACGCACAGAAAUAUCAGACAAAUUCAGGGUUUUUAAAAGCGCUCGUUAAGGGCACACUUUUAAGAUGACAAACUUUAAUCAAUUUGGUCUUCAGUUAUGCAAGAUUUCCAAGUGUGAACAUUCUUUUGGAGCUUUUUUUUUUAUUUCAUUUCAUAGUAUUAUAUAUUGAUAUUACUAUUGCUGUUAUUAAUUGUAUUUAGUUGCAGUCGCUGUAAGUAUCUUACAGUGAAAUCAGCUUCAUUGUACUCACCCACUGUCUUUGGUGGCUUGUGAUUCACCAGCCCUAUAAAACCAUCAUAUCCCAUUUCCACUGUGCGUUACUCCACUGAUUUGCCACAACCCUCUGUAUGGGUGAGAGUUGAGUCCUUUAACUAUUGCUUUUAACCCAGUUACAGUUAAGUUGUAACUUAAAGUGUGUUUCAUUUUUACAUGGAUGCUGAGUUUUUGUCCGCAGGAUCAGCACAACAGAGAAUUGGCUUGUGUUUUUUAUUUUUUUCUCCCAAUUUAAAGCUGUCCACGAAACGUCUUGUGAGGAGAUCUCGUCAGUUUGAUACGAUCUCUCUCUGAUUGUGUUUAGUUAUUCCCUCCAUAGUAUUCUUGUAUUUUGUUUCAGUCAGCAAAUAUCAGAUUCCUAUUUCAACCGUUGACAAACGGCAAGUUCUUUCUUCAGCCGUUAAAGCAGAUUGCCACCAAACUCCUGCAGGUCCUAGUAAAAAUGAUGUGGUUAGUGUUUAACUUAGUCGGUCUGUGUGCUACAGAUGUUUUUAAAAGGCACAUUUAUUUGAUUAGAUCAAGUCUCUUCAAAGGUUUAGUUUUGUAAAGUUUCUUUUUUUUCCCUGCUGUUUUUUGGGCCUUUCCAGAAUGCGUUAGUAUGUAUUUUGUGUUUGAAGUCGUUCACCCUUCACAAAACAUUGUUCCCUGAGAAAUGUAUCAUCUCAAGGCAAACAAAUGUCCUCCUCACGAUCUGUUUGCAGUGUAGAUGGGUGGAAGGUAUAUAGAUUAUAUAGAUAAGCCUCGACAGGCUUCUGAUACGCUGCAGACAGCAGGACGUACAUGGCCCUCGUGUUGUGUCUCUGUUUUUCAUAUGGCUAUGGCCGUCCAAAGUUUAACUUUCAUUUUGAACUUAAAACUAGCAGAAGACUCUUUAUUUCGUUCCCUCCCAAACAGGAAAAUGUGUAAGAUAUUUUUUUGUUGCAAUGAAAGCCUUUCAGUACAAACCAACCCUCUACGACAGCAUAAAAAGAUGAAAGGAAAAAAAAAUCAACGAAGUACAUGUAAAUAUUGUAGAGGUGUUUGUUUCUCGUAGAAACACACUGAUUUCAAGCUGUAAAUAUGUCGUUCCUUUUCCUCUCUCCAUGAGGAGGAAACAUGUACAUACCUUCCAUUCAUUUAUUUUUUAUUGUUUUUCCUUUUAAUUUGAUGAUUAUUUUAAUAUUAUUUGCAAUAUUUCUCUUGUAUUAAUGCGUUGGACCCUUUAUUAAUGGUGCAUUAAAAUAUUUUUUAAAUAAAUGAAAACCUCAUGUUUUUUGUCAGUA